AUGCAGAGUCUGAUGCCGAGCAGGGAGCAAAUGGCGAUCAAGCUCAACGAAGAGGAGAAGGCAUUCUCCGAGGAACUCGAGAGGCUCUGCAUCGCUGUGGACGCUGACCGCAGUGGUUUUCUUACCAGGGACCAGUUUGCCGAUGGAAUUAACAAGGGCCGCAUACCGCUACUCUUGCAUUUAUUGGGGCUCGACCAGGAUCAUGUGCAGAACUUCUUCGAGGUGCUGUGUUCCACAACGGCAGACAAUCAAGUCGACAUCAAGAGCUUUGUCCGCGGCUGCAUGAGGCUCAAGGGACCCGCGACCAGCUUCGACCUGCAGAUUGCGAUUUCAAACAUCGCAGAUCUCGAAAGGAACAACGCCAGGGAGUUCCGUAAUCUGAAGCGGCGGAUUGACCGAAUCGAGAGGGUCGACGCGGUAGACGUGGCGACUUCCCAGAGGAGCUCCGUCUAUGUCGGCAGCAGCCACGACCCCCUUUGAUGGGCCGCGGGAGCUCGGCACCCCGUCCGCCACUCUCUGAUCCGCAGGUGCCCUCGGACGUUGCUCAUCCCCCGAUGGCGCUGGGGACCCGCAGGCGCCCGGGGGCACCAUCCGGGAGCUCUCAAAGCUCGACGACUCACACGCGUGUGCAAGUCUGCUACAGGGUCCAGCCGGUAUUGACUAGUACAGGUUGGCGUGGACAUGCACUCUCCAAGGUCUGCGCGGACUUCUCGGAGGGGCGCUUGACCUCUCUGGCGGCGCCUCCCGUGCUGCCCCUGUCGCGCCCCGCGCGCCAGGCAGGGGGUCCAGCGUCGACCCAAGAAGUCCGCGCGAACCUCUGGGAGUCUGUCUCUUUGUCGAGGUGAUUCUCGCAGGCCUAGAGAUUGACCCCAACACCAAUAUCGGCGGUGUGCAUCCACCGAGGGAAGACGAUCCCGAUCUCGGUGAUGGUGGUAAUAUUCUGGCUUCCAAGGUGACCGAAAUAUUACCACCAACACCGAAAUCUAAGAUCAUCACCUCCCUGUGGAGGCAAACCCCUGUGCUGGUGUUGGUGCCAAUUUCCAGGCCUACAAGUUCGAGCGCUAGGCCAACAUGCUGCACAGGGGGACGAGGCGAGCGAGUCUGAGGAUUACAAGCCGGUCGCUCUGCGGUAGAUCGGGAGUUUCUGCACAUAGAAGAAGGGACGCGCGCUUCUCGGCGAGAGGAAAAUUUAAAUGGUCGAGAUGAGAAUGAGCGCGAGGAUCAGGAGGGCGAGGCCCGC